AUGCUGCGCACAGUGGCCCGCUCCGUCGCGCGCCAGAGCCGUACGCUGAGACCUGCGAACCGCGCACCGCAGCUCCUCCGUCCGCUCUCCACCACGGCGUGUCGCAUGUCGCGCUCGACGCUCAAGCCGGUCGACCCUCCCGUGUCGGCUGCGCUGCCCGGUGACUCGUUCCAGUUGCUCCCGGAGGCUGCAAAGGCAGGAGCGGCCGAGGAUGCGCUCUUCGACGAGCAGGUGCAGGCCGUGAAGGACUGGUGGGCGUCGCCGCGCUACAAUGGCAUCAAGCGCCCCUACUCGGCCGAAGAUGUCGUGAGCAAGCGUGGUGCGCUGCAGCAGUCGUAUCCCAGCUCGCUGAUGGCGCGCAAGCUGUUCAACCUGCUGGAGGAGCGCGCGGCCAAGGGCGAGCCCGUACAUACAAUGGGCGCUAUUGACCCUGUGCAAAUGUCCCAGCAAGCCCAAAACCAGGAAGUGCUCUACGUCUCCGGCUGGGCAUGUUCAUCCGUCCUCACCAGCACCAAUGAAGUCUCUGCCGACUUUGGCGACUACCCCUACAAUACUGUACCGAACCAGGUGCAGCGUCUCUUCAAGGCACAGCAGCUCCAUGACCGCAAGAACUGGGACAACAGGCGGAAGAUGAGCCCGGAGCAGCGGGCGAAGACACCGUACCUGGACUACAUGCGUCCCAUCAUUGCCGACGGUGAUACGGGCCACGGUGGCCUUUCGGCCGUCAUCAAGCUGGCCAAGCUCUUCGCCGAGAACGGGGCCGCCGGAGUGCACUUCGAGGACCAGCUCCACGGCGGCAAGAAGUGCGGACAUCUGGCAGGAAAGGUCCUGGUGCCUGUUGGUGACCACAUCAACCGCCUGGUCGCUGCACGAUUCCAAUGGGACACCAUGGGCUGUGAAAACCUCGUCAUUGCUCGCACCGACUCGGAGAGCGGCAAGCUGCUAUCCAGUGCCGUCGAUGUCCGCGAUCACGAAUUCAUCAAGGGCGUCACAGAAGAGUCGGAACCUCUGGCAGAAACGCUGCAGAACAUGGAGGCAGCCGGCGCGCCGGGCAAGGAGAUCGAUGCUUUCGAGGCAGCAUGGGUGAAGAAGCACAAGCUCGUCACUUACGACGAAGCUGUUGUGCAACAUCUCGAGAAGGAUGGCGCAUCGCAGUCCACCAUCGACGCAUACCUCAACGAGACCAAGCAGAAUCCGAACCUGUCCCUCCUCAAGCGUCGCGAGCUCUCAGCGAAACACACCAAGAGUCCCGUCUAUUUCAACUGGGAUAUUCCACGGACACGCGAGGGUUUCUACCACUACAAGGCCGGAGUGGCUGCUGCCACAAAGCGAGGCAAGGAGUUCGCGCCGUAUGCUGAUCUCUUGUGGGUGGAGACAGGAGACCCAAGUGUCGAGAAGGCUGCUGCUUUCGCUGGCGAGAUUAGGGAACAGUUCCCCGGCAAGAAGUUUGUCUACAACUUGUCACCCAGCUUCAACUGGAUGGGCCAGGGAUUCAGCGAGGAGGCUCUGAAGAGCUUCGUGUGGGAUCUGGCCAAGCACGGCUUCGUCUUCCAGCUCAUUUCCCUCGCCGGCAUUCACUCGACAGCGACCAUCACCUGCGAGCUAUCGCGCGCCUUCAAGGAUGAGGGCAUGCUUGCAUACGUCAAGCUUGUGCAGGCUCGCGAGAAGGAGCUCGGCUGCGACGUCCUGACACAUCAGAAAUGGAGCGGUGCCAGCUACAUCGAUGGCAUCCUCGGCCACAUCCAGAGCGGUAGCUCAGGCAGCAAGAGUAUGGGAGACGGAAACACAGAGACAGGUAUGUCGACAUCUCAAGACGAGCUAUGCCUCAAGCUAACUGUACGCAGGCUUCUAAGUACUCGACAAGCAAUAGAUGCAAUUCAAAUUCGGCACUAA